AUGGAAGCCCAGAAAACACCCACGCCUUGGGGGGGGAGGGAAGAGGCGUCUUUACUUGCUGCAGAGGCACCAGCCCCUUCUGAUUUCCCACCGGCAGCACAGCUGCAGGCGCAACAGCCGCAGCAGCCAACGCACCUGCAGCAGCAGGCGCAGGUACAGCACACGCACGAGCAACAGCUCCUUCAGCAGCAGGUUCCGUGGCGGCGUCAGCAAGGGCAGCAACAGAAGCAAUUUCUCCUGCCAAUCUCAAUACCUGAAGCAAGCGAAGCGACCGGAGCACGAUCAGCGUUGCCGGCAUCGGCAGCACCGCAAGGAACUCCACAACAUCAUCUCCUGGAUCAUCCACGCCACCACCGUGGUACUUGUGACAUGCAGAGUUGCUGUGGAGGGUCUCUAGAUCUCAGAGAACAGGCAACUGCCGGAGCUGCAGCCCCUGCAGCAGGAGCUCCUGCAUUAACAGCAGCAACAACUGCAGCUCCGGCACAAGCAGCAGCAGCAACAGAUAAAUCAGCAGCAGUAGAUUCUACAAGCCGAAUGUUUCACCCUUAUUUCAAGGAAUCGCCGCAUCUGAACAACCUUGGCCCCUCGUUCUUGUCGUCGCAUUCGGUGAAUUCUACUGCUGCUGAGGGGCCUUGCACUGGCGAUGCUGCAGCUCGCUCAGGAGCAGUAGUGGAAACACCAGAUGUAGCAGGUGUUUCCGUAGCACCAGGCUGCUGCAGCUCUCCAGGGGAUAGGGGGGCAGCGUGUGCAUUACCGUUAGGGUCUCUAGGCCUGAGCGCACCGAAGGAGACAGAAGAAGAAAGGGAAGAUGCAGACUCUGAACAAGAAGACGAGGCGCCUCCUUGCUGUUGUUUGUCUCCCUUGUUGCGCAGUUGGUUCCACGCAUUCUUCCCCAACACUCCUCCGUUUGUAUGGUUCUUCCUGCAGCUCUUUAUUUGCUUCUUGCUGCUCCUCAUGGGUUUAGAAAGAGUUGCAACAGCUAAGAGUGCUACUCCUCCCCCUCCUGCUAAUGUUUCUGCUGCUCCUCCUCAUGCUGUUGCCUUGCUGCUACCAAUAUCGUUGCUCCUGCUGCUGCCAGUGCCGCUGCACUUGUUGCAGUUGCAGUUAGAAGGCAGCAGUUACAGCGAAUGCUGCACGAGUUGUGGAAGUAGCAGCUGCAGGAACAAAGGCAACAACAGCGAAAGUAGUGCCAACAACAGCAGCAACAGCAAAUACUUCGGCACCAUGAACAACAGCAGGAGCAACACCAACACAACUACCAGCAUGCAGCCCAUUGACGCUAAAAUCCGCAACACGAUACAUACAGAUGAAAGGCACGACAUCCAAGUGGAGACAAAACAUAUCCAUGUUAAACAAAUCGAAUUCCAGCACGGUAUGCCUGCUGCGACUGCCUUCGCUGCAACGGUCGAUCCGGAGAUAUUUUACGUUCCCUGGAGCAUUUUCGUCUAUGUCUGGUGGCUUGGGAACGCAAAAGAAAGCCACUAUAUGAUAUAUUUGAAAACGACAGAGGAAGCGCCAGAGCCUCUUAUGUACUUUGUCUUGUUUGGGUCUUCUCUGCUGUUUACGCGGAGUUUGUUUCGCGUGAUUCAGGUGACAAAUAUGGUGCUAAUGGUAUUGGCUGUGCGCCGGCUGCUGCUAGCAGUGAUGGUCUUCUGCUUUGAACUGGGGUUUCUCAUGAGUAUGAACGCCCAAGUCGUCCAUUACCUCCGACGUUCCUCUGCUGUUCGCAAGCUGAAUGCCAAGUGGCUCGCUGCGCUGCAGACAAAAGAAAGUGAAAGUAGCCGCGUACACCCCGCUGAAGUCAGCGCCAACACUCUAAACAAACACCCGCAUCCGCAUCCGCAGCAGCGGCAUAUUACGAAAAGUUGUGCUGUGUCAGUGGACCCCUUUGAGCCUGAAGCAACGGCUUGUCUAUCUCCAGGGGAGUUGCAACAGCAGGAGCAACAAGAACGCCGAUGCCUCCCCUGCGGUUGUUUUGGCUUUCUUUUAAAGGCACUUCUUGGGGGGUUCAAGCUGUUUGCAGCUGCUGCGAGACAGAGGCGACUGCUCCUCGGGGGGUUGGGAUUCGAGAAGGGUGCCGCCGCAGGCUGGGGAGGCGAGGAGCCCCAAAACAGAGGCAAUCCGUUAUUACUCCCAUUUCCUGUCAGUGCCUUCGCUAAUCAGGCAGAAAAACUGCAAGAAAGAAUGCUGCAAGGCACAGUAGUACUACCGGAGCCGCUGCGGCCAAAGAAUAUUGAAAGCAGCAAAACGUCGCAAGUUCGAAAUUGGUUGAAUGUCCACUUUUGUCUCUAUUCACCCCCCAUGAUCUUCUUGCCGGGGAAACGCAUCGAAUUGACGAACAAAGACGUCGCAUCCACGGCUGCAGCUCUCCUCUUCUCUGCUGUGCUCAAUGGGGGGACCCUCCCCAUGGGCCCCUCUGGCACCGCUACUAAAGGACCCACAGAUGGCCCCAAAGAUGCGCCCGCUGAGGAAGCCCCCUACCGCGUAUCCCCUGCAGAGACACGGCUUGCACGCAGAGUGACGUCUAAGGCCUCAGACAAUCAGAAAUCACCGGAUGGAGGCAACACUAACAGAGGCAGUAAGGAGGCAGCAAGAAGUUUUGGUGCAGCGAAGAGGCAGGACGAAGGUAACACGGAAACCAACCACGUAAAGUUGCCGUCUGAAGCAUUUGGGGAUUCACAACAACUAAGCAAUAAUUCAAACAUGGAGCUACAAGGAUAUUCACACACUCUGCCACGCACGCACUCUCUGGGGCAGCAGCAGCAGCAGCAACAACAACACAAACAGAAACAGCAGCCCCAGCCACUCCAGCCCCUGCAACAGCAGCACAAGGAGCAACCGAAUCAGGAAAGAGAGUUCGGUUCGCCUCUUCCCAGCUGUGACAACCCAUGCACUGAGACUACAAAUGACCAGCGUAGCACCAUGAGCAGCAGCAACACCAAGAACCUGCGCGGCAAUGGUAGGAGCAGCGGAAGCAGCUGCAAGCAGCAAAGCAGAGGACUGUUGGCCAGACGGCAUUUGCUGCUGCUAAGGCGCCCUGCAGCGGCGAGAAGGCAGCAGACGGAAAUACUAUCGGGGCUGCAGCAGCCGGAAGCCAAGGGAAUAGAAGAAACAAACAACAAAGAUUCACUUGGCGAGAAGACGUCCUCAGGCAGCUCCAAAGUAGGAAAUACCUGCAGCGACAAGCUGCACUGCAUGAUGUCUGGUCUAGCACUGCAGCAGAAACAGGAGGAGCAGCAAGAACAGCAGCAACACCAGCAGCAACUGCAGCAAAGGCAGCAGCAACCUCAAAAGCAGCAGUUCAGCCAUCUUAAGUCCGGAAUGUCUGGAUGUCUGUGGGGGGGCAGCAGGUCUGAGGAGACAUCAGCCCCCAGUGCGCAUCAGCAGCCGCAAGAACGGGGGCUGUGGGAAUCGGGACAGGCGAAAGUAACCGAUUCCGAUGCUGAUCAUGUUCCUGAUCGCGAGUACACUGGAUGCGGGGGAGUUGCAAAGAGCGAAAGAGAGGAAGAGCAUGCAGCUAAGGUAAGGAGCUCUGGAGCUCCGUCGGAGGGCGGCAGUGCCUUGGGUGUCGAUGCACCCCAGGAAGAGGAUCAGUACCUAAGCAGAGAAAUACUCGAAAGAUUUCUUAAGCCUGAUGAGGCGGAAGAAUUCAUGAAGCAUGCAGACCUAGCAGUUAUUCCUGUUUCCAUUGUCAUGGUGGUUAGUUGCCAUGGGAAAAUAAACAAAAUGAUGUUUCAACGGGCUGUGCUGCACAUAUACAGUCUUCGUAAACGACUUGUACGAGCUCUCAAGAGUCAAGCAAGCAUUGCUUCGACUGUGUUGCGGAUGAUGUCUCUGCUGCUGUGGUUUGUUACUUUGAUAGUGCUACUGCUGGUGAUGGGAGUUGAAAUGAAUACAGUCGUUAUGUCGGGGGCUGCCUUCUUAUCGGCAGUCACAGUUGCUCUAAGCUAUAUAUACCAGCACUUCAUAACUGCAGUUAUUUUCGUGGCGUUUACAAACCCUUAUAACAUAGGAGACAGAGUGCGAAUAGAUGAAGGAGAUGUCCUGUACGUCCGACGCAUCCGUACAUACACCACGGAAUUCGAAAGCAUGCACGGAAAGCCCUUGAUAUAUAGCAACGCGUCUCUGUUUUCGCGUGUCAUAACAAACGAAUCUCGGGCAAAAGUGUCGACGUUUGAACUGGAGGUGUCCCUGACUCUUUGGCUGACGUGCGUUGAGGGUUGGGGAAACUGGGGAAAGGUCUUGAAGGUGCGGUCUGAAGUGUAUCUACACCUGGUGAAAGCGCUGAAUGAACUCGGCAUUUCAUUUCACUUGCCGCAGCAACCCGUCUCAAUACUAAACAGGCAAACUGUAGCCUGCAGUAGCAACAAAGACUACAAUAGGCCUCACACGCUCACGUAA